AUGUCAGUUCAUAUGCUAAACAAAAAGGCGGACAGCCUCCGUUCAACAAACGUGUUACUCACAAACAUAAAUGCAAGUAAGGGUAUGUAUGAAAUAAUAAAGAGUAACCUUGGUCCAAAGGGAAGUUACAAAAUGUUAGUUAGCGCAUCAGGUGCUAUAAAAAUAACAAAAGAUGGUAAUGUAUUACUAAAUGAAAUGAUGAUACAACAUCCAACAGCAACUAUGUUAGGUAGAAUAUGUUCAAGUAUUGAUGAGAACUUAGGAGAUGGAUCAAGUAGUAAUUUAAUAAUAACAACAGGAUUAAUUUAUUUAUCAGAAAAAUAUAUAUUAUAUGAAAAUAUACAUCCUCGAAUUAUUACACAAGGGUUUGAUACUGUUAAAAAUAUAUUAUUUGAUUUGUUGGAUACAAUGAAAAUUCCAAUAAAUAUGGAAGAGAAUUUUAAUAAAGAGGUAUUAUAUAAUGUUGCUAAAACAUGUGUUCGAACUAAAUUGCCAAUACAAUUAGCAGAUAAGUUAUCUGAAGAUUUAGUAGAUAGUAUUCAGAUUGUUUAUAAUAAAAAUAAACAAAUAGAUUUACAUAUGAUUGAAGUUAUGGAUAUAAAAAGGAAUAUGAGUAUAAAUACAAAACUUGUUCGAGGUAUGGUAUUAGAUCAUGGAUGUCGACACCCUAACAUGCCAAAUAGAUUAACAAAAUGUUUUAUACUUGUUUUAAAUACUAGUUUAGAAUAUGAAAAAAGUGAAGUGUUUUCAUCAUUUGUUUAUUCAAAUGCAGAAGAUCGAGAUAAAUUAGUUGAAUCAGAAAGAAAGUUUACAGAUGAUAAAAUAAAAAAAAUAAUUGAAAUAAAAAAAAAUAUGAUAGAAAAAAAAUUUAAAGAAACAGGAGAGAUGUAUAAUUUUGCAGUUUUUAAUCAAAAAGGUAUUGAUCCUAUAAGUUUAGAUUUAUUAGCAAAAGAAAAUAUUAUGGCACUACGACGAAUUAAAAGAAGAAACUUAGAACGUAUUGUUUUAUGUUGUGGUGGUAAUCCAUGUAAUAAUGUUUAUGAUAUAGUUGAAGAAGAUAUUGGAUAUGCAGGUUUAGUAUAUGAAAUAUGUGUCAACGAUGAAAAAUAUACAUUUAUAGAGGAAGUAUUAAAUCCUAAAAGUUGUACGAUAUUUAUACAAGCCCCUAAUGAUUAUACAAUUAAACAAAUUAAAGAUGCAAUAAGAGAUGGAUUACGAAGUAUUAAAAAUGCAAUUGAUGAUAAUUGUGUUAUAUCAGGUGCUGGUGCUUUUGAAAUUGCUGCUUAUAAUAAAUUAAAACAAGAAGAAAAAAAUGCUAAAGGAAAACAAAAAUUUUCAUUUGACAUUUAUGCUAACAGCUUGUUAAAUAUUCCAAAAGUUUUAUUAGAAAAUAGUGGGUUAGAUAUACAUCAAUCAUUAUUUAAUAUUAUAGAUAAAUAUAAUGAAAAUCCAGCAGAACCUUUGGGUGUUGACCUUGAUUCUGGAGAACCUAUAAUACCUCACCUUCGAGGUAUUUAUGACAACUAUUGUGUAAAGAAACAGAUCAUAUCAAUUUCAACUGCGAUAUCACAACAAAUCCUUUUAGUUGAUGAAAUAAUUAGAGCAGGGAAAUCAAUGGGAGGAGAAAAAUAA